GCUGUCCCUCUGUUCCCUGUGCCCAGCCCUGUCCCCUCUCCUGGCUCUGUCCCCUCUCCCAUAGCUCUCUCCCCUCUGUCCCCUCUCUGUCCCUUCUCUCCCAGCACUGUCCCCUCUCUAUCCCUGUCCCCCAGCUCUGUCCCCUCUCUCCCAGCGCUGUCCCCUCUGUCGCAGCCCGUUCCCGGGAUGGCAGUGGCACUGAUAGUGGCACUGGCGGUGGCCCUGGUGCCGCUGGCAGCCGAGGCGGGCAAGGACCCGCUGCUGAACGUCUGCAUGGAUGCCAAGCACCACAAGAGCCAGCCGGGCCCCGAGGGCAAGCUCUACCAGCAGUGCUCCCCCUGGAAGGACAACGCCUGCUGCACGGCCAACACCAGCCUGGAGGCGCACAAGGACCAGUCCUACCUCUACAACUUCAACUGGAACCACUGCGGGGUGAUGCCGCCCCAGUGCAAGCGCCACUUCAUCCAGGACACGUGCCUGUACGAGUGCUCCCCCAACCUGGGGCCCUGGAUCCAGCAGGCUGACAGCAGCUGGAGGAAGGAGAGGAUCCUGCACGUGCCCCUGUGCAGGGAGGACUGCGAGGAGUGGUGGCAGGACUGCAGGGACGCCCUCACCUGCAAGGAGAACUGGCACAAGGGCUGGAACUGGGCCACAGGAACCAACCGCUGUCCCUGGGGCUCCGAGUGCCGGCCCUUCCACCAGGUGUUCCCGCGGCCGCAGGACCUGUGCGAGAAGAUCUGGUCCGGCUCCUUCAGGCUCAGCCCCGAGCGCCGGGGCAGCGGCCGCUGCAUCCAGAUGUGGUUCGACCCCGCGCGGGGCAACCCCAACGCGGCCGUGGCCCGCUACUACGCCGGGAUAAAGAGAUCAUCGUCCCCAGGCCAGGAGGGCACCGUGCCGCCCCAGAGCCACGGCACUGCGCGGGCCCUGCCCUGCCCCGGGCUGCUGCUGCUGCUGCCCCUGCUGCCCCUGCUGCUGCCCCCGGGGCUGGGGGGCUCCCCGCGAUGGCGCUCCCCGUGACCGCUCUGCAGCAGCAGCUCUGUCCGUCCGUCUGUCCCCGUGCCCAGCGCAGUUUGUGGUGCUGGGCCGUGGUACCGCCUCAGUGCUGAGCAGAGCAGGGAUUCCCGUGCCUCGGCUGUCCUCUCUGCUCCGCCGCGGGGGCUGCUGCACAUCUGUCCCUCCCCAUGGCUGGGCUCGCUGCUCCCCGAAGGUUCCUUGGUAAUAAACUCUGGCUCUGUGUCA